AAAAUAAGUAACAAGUUGUACAUGUAUAUAAAUACUCCCAUUCUCUUCAUAUCUACCACCUUCUUGCAACUGAACAUCAAGCUUCGGGUAUUUCGCAUAGCUCACUUUUUGUCAAAGCUGGUAUCAGUUAGGUUAGAACGCUGCGAUUUUGGAUUCGGGGACGCGGAUAUUGAUUUGACAGGAGCAAAUGGGUAAAAGCAUGGAUUUUGUUCAAUGGCUAGGGCAAGACAUGUCACUGAAGAUCUUUAUGUGUUUGGAUGACCCUAUCGAUCUUCUUCGGACGAGUGCGGUUUCGCGGUCUUGGCGUGAGUUUGUGAUUGCUAAUGGCUUAUGUAAGGAGCUUUGUUUGAGGAAGUGUCCGGAAGCAGCAAGUUUUGCCCGUGUUGUUGUAACCAAAGAGUUUGUCGAACCUAGGGGAACUGCUGUGGAAGGUUCUGGUGACUUGGCUUGUCUGGAGAGAGAGCACAGAGUGUAUGCAUCCUUAGGUGGAGAGCUUGUAACAUCUGGUAAAGAAAGUUGCAUAACGGAUGCCGUCUGUGCGUCUAGUACGGAUAACUAUCCACACGAAAGCAUCAAGAAUACUUUGGAACCAAGUGAUAGGAUUGGCCACAGGGCCUCGUAUUGGUCGAGCAAGGGUGCGACUGAUCCAUCUGCUUCAGAGACAUUGAUUUAUAAACUGGCUUCUCAGCUAUGUCUGAUCACUGAGUUACGUGUGCAUCCAUUUCAAGCAUAUUUUCAGUUUGGCUUCCCCAUAUAUUCACCCAAAGCUGUGAGGUUUCAUAUGGGCUAUUCCAAGGACCCUCUGGAGAUAGACGAUGAAGAAGAAGAUGAGUUCAUGGAUGUCAAAGAAUACCAUGAUGACAUGUUUGUCUGGACAUAUAGCUCUCCAGAAUUCCCAAUGGCUCAGGAUAAUUUCUUGCAAAAGUUUAAGCUUCCCAAACCCAUUCUGUGCAUCGGAGGAAUCCUUAAAGUGGAGCUGUUAGGCAGACUGCAGACUCAAGAAAUGGACGGAUUAUACUAUAUAUGCAUCAAUCAUGUUCAAGUUAUGGGACGAUCACUCUCCCCUGUAUUUGACGUGGAAAUGAUUGGAGACGAAGGAAAAUGCACCCUCAAGUACAACCCUGUUAUGAGAUACACUUUUCCAUCUGUAGACAUCUCAGAAACAGAGUCAAGUAGCCGAUCACAUUUCCACAGGUUUAGUGAAAGCAUUAGGAGCUGGGAGCAACUGAUCCUCAACACAUUCCGCGGUGCAGGACCUCUGAUAGAUGACUACGACUCUGAUAAUGAGUACCUCAACUAGUCACAGUUUUCCCGAGUGAUACCAUCCAUCCUCGUAUGCUUUUUGCUUCUGUAUCUCAUGUACUUUGACAUCUCUUGCUACAUGAAUAGGGAAUGAUCGUUUAAGUUUUCUUCAAAGAGGAUUUUUGUGAUUUCAGGUAACUGAUUCUAUGACUCUGUGAGUGUAUGGACACUAAAAAAUGGUACUGUAUAAAAUAGGUCAUAUACUA